AUGGAGAACUCUCUCUUUCUAACCAUUUCUUCAUUUCUUUUUGUUAUCCAUUUUGUUCCGUUGUCAGCCUCAACUCUAUCAUACCUGAGCUUCCUUCAGUGCUUAUCCGAACAUUCACGUCCAUCUGACCACAUACUGUCAAGAGUGUACACUCCAAACAACUCCUCAUAUAAGUCUGUGCUACAACACUAUAUCAGAAACCAGAGGUUCAAUAGAUCAACCACUCCAAAACCCGACAUUAUUUUCACUCCGUUGCAAGAAUCCCAUGUUCAGGUUGCUGUCACUUGCUGCAGGAAAACUGACAAGUACCUAAAGAUCCGAAGUGGAGGCCAUGACUACGAAGGCAUUUCUUAUGUCUCCAACAUCAGUUUUGUUCUUCUUGACAUGUCUAACCUGCAUUCAAUUGAUGUAGAUAUCCAAAAUGAAACUGCUUGGGUCCAAGCUGGUGCACUUCUAGGCGAACUUUACUACAGAAUUUGGGAGAAAAGCAAAGUUCAUGCCUUCCCAGCUGGUGUUUGCCCAACUGUUGGUGUUGGUGGACACAUAACUGGAGGAGGAUACGGUAACCUGUUAAGAAAAUAUGGACUGUCAGUGGACAAUUUAGUUGAUGCACGCAUAGUGGAUGUUCACGGUAGAAUUCUUAACAGAGAAUCAAUGGGAGAAGACCUGUUUUGGGCGAUCAGAGGUGGGGGUGGUGCUAGCUUUGGAGUGAUAUCGGCCUACAAACUUAGAUUGGUAAAAGUUCCUGAUGUUGUUACUGUUUUCCGGGUAGUGAGGACCCUCGAAGAAAAUGCAAUUGACAUUGUUUACUGGUGGCAAUUCAUUGCAGAGAAAAUAGAUAGCAAUCUCUUUAUAAGGUUAGCUCUAAAACCUAUUGAUGAGAAGCAAAAAGGAACUAAGACAAUUACAGCAACAUUUGUAUCAUUAUUUCUUGGAGAUUCCAAAGAACUUCUAUCCAUCAUGAAUAGGGAUUUUCCUCAAUUGGGUUUACAUAUCGAGGAUUGCAAGGAAAUGAGUUGGAUAGAGUCUGCACUUUUCUGGGCAAGUUUCCCUAAUGGAACACUGCCUGAUGUUUUGCUCAACCGAAAACCUGGAGCGAAGUUUCUGAAGCGCAAGUCAGACUAUUUGCAGAAACCCAUUCCCAAGGAUGAGCUAAAAUCUCUAUUAGAUAAAAUGAUUGAAUUAGGAGACACAGAAUUAGUAUUCAAUCAAUAUGGUGGAAGGAUGAGUGAGAUACCAGAAUGGGGAACUCCAUUUCCUCACAGAGCAGGCAAUAUAUUUAAAAUCCAGUAUGCAGCAAACUGGGGAAAAGAAGGAAACGAAGCAGAGAACUUCUAUUUGAACCAGACCAGAGUAUUGUACAACUACAUGACUCCUUUUGUGUCAAAAUCCCCAAGAUGUGCAUAUUUAAAUUAUAGAGACCUUGACAUAGGGGUCAACCAUAAUGGAAACAAUCGCUACAUUGAAGGUCGUGUUUAUGGAUUGAAGUAUUUCAAGGAUAAUUUUAAUAAAUUGGUCCAAGUCAAGACUUUUGUUGAUCCAGAUAACUUCUUCUGGAACGAACAGAGCAUCCCUCCUUUAGCAGCAUAAAGUACUCUGUGCAACCUUGAGGUAUCAGUAUUUCCACAAAGUUUCCUGUGAAAAGAUUAGUUUGAGAGACAACCUUCUGUAUAAUAUGUAUUUGCAACUUCCUUUUAUGCUGAAUCAAGUCUGUUUCAAGGGACUAAGAAAAGCAAAUAACACACACCUUUCUCAGUUCUCAUACAUCUUAAUAAGCCUCAAAUAGAAUAUGUAUUUCUCUUUUCCCUUUCCUUUGGAGGGAGGUGGGUUUAUAGACAGAGGUGUAAGUUUUUCCUAGUCCUAAUUACCUAUUUUCCAAUCAAAGGUUUUAAACAUCCCGCACUCUAGAUAAGAACCUCCGUCAAAAAAGAAACUACAUCAAAAUCUAACGCAUCCAAAGACAAACUUCAUAAAAGUUUGUAGCUCUGGCUCAUAAGUAUAAUGCAGGAACUCAAGUGUGAUUAAGCUGUAUCGUGCAACUAGUUUCCUAGAAUGUAGUUGUGUAACUGACUGUAAACCUACACGCCCACUUUAGUUCAUUAACUAAAGAACUAAUAUCUAAAUUGUAUAAUCCAUAAAUUACUCAAAAAUAAUCUAAACUUCGAAACUGUUCACCUGUCUCCUUUUUUUACGAGUAAAGUUUCGUUAAUAAAACAUUACCAAGAAGGUAUCUGAGGGAAAAUUAUUCAACUUGACAUAUAAUCGCUUGGGAGUUAGCAGCAACUAAUCACUGAGUAGAGCUUAAAUCUAAGGACCUCCAUUUCAGGAGAGAGCAUAUUGGUCAAAAUGAAUUUUGCUAUGAAAUUUCAGCUCAUACUAUUGGUUGGAUAUGAAAAUAUAUAUAUAUAUAUAUAUAUAUAUAUACACAUACUAGCUUAUUGGAUGUUUGGACUACAUUUUCAACAAUGAUUUUGACAAAGAAUAGCAGGAAUUUAACAUGUAUAAGUCUGAGGACCUGUUCAACCUGAUGGGAAAGAAUAAAAGGGCACAAAGAGAAUCACCAAUAUGUUUUUUACCAUAUUUGCCUAGCUCUGAAAGAAAUUAGAUCAGCUUUGUAUGGAAUGCAAGAGAAAACUGAAUAUAGGUGCAUUUCAUGGAGAUAUUAAAACCAUUAAACAUUGAUGUGAAUCUCUAUACAUGUUCCUGUUGAAAUUUGUUGUGAGACUGAGACAACAGGUUUCCUUGCUCCAACAUAUAAGCUGUAUGAGUAUUAGU